GGGUCUGGGAACGUUGCGGCGGUAGCCGCCGCGGCUCCAGCAUUCAGGGCUCUUCCCCGGCCAAGCCUGUGCUGGGGACCUUCCACUGCCUCCUCCGGCGGCGCUCACCCGGCCCCAGAUGGUGGGUCCGGAGGAUGCCGGAGGCUGCUCGGCAAGAAACCCCAAGUUGCUCCCUUUGCCGGCGCCCGAUUCCGCGGGCCUGAACGGGAAAAUGAUUCGGGCCACAGGCGGCUUUGGCGGAGGCGUAGGCGCUGUGGAGCCUCCCGAAGAGGAGGAGGAGGAGGAGGAGGAGGAGGAGACGCCGCCGCCUCAGCAGCUCCUUCGGCGUUACCUCGCGGCGGCCGGGGCACAGCUGGAGCCCGGUCUGUGCUACUGUCCGCUCCCCGCCGGCCACUCUUGUGGUCCGCCGCCCUCGGCAGCCCCGCGCUCGGACGCCUGCCAGCCGGACGCCGGCUCCAAGCACCGCGACGCGGAGGCGGUGGAUGCUGGCUCGGCGCGACACGGUGGCAUGACCAACGGGGACUCGGGCUUUCUGCUGGGUCAGGACACUCGCGACCUGGCCCGCGUCGGCAGCCGGGAGCCGCGCCACCGCCGCCUUGGUCCGGACGGGCCUGGCGACGAGGGCGCGGACGGCGCGGGCAUCCUGUCUGACUGGGCCGCGCCGCUCGAGGACCCACUGCGGAGCUGCUGCCUGGAGGCGGCGGACGCCAAGGAGCCCGAGGGCGCGGGCAGCGGCGCGAGGGACAGUUCGACCAGCGACGGCAGCGGCAGCGAGGACUUGGAGCGGCCGGGAGCCGGAGCCGGGGGUUCCGAGGAGGGCACGUCGCCCAUCACCUCGGCUGAGAGGACUAGUGGGGGCUCCGGCGCCAAGUCGCGCGUCGAUUUCUCUGACGUUCACUUGAACUCUCGGAAUACGUUCGAGGUGAGCCGCUGCCAAAGCGCCCGCGACCACCUGCCGCCGGCGGGGGCGCCGGUGUCCUUGCCGGCCGCGGAACAGGGCCCUAGCGGGCCCUCGACUCGGGCUCGACGGAGCGGCGGCUUCGCCGACUUCUUCGCCAGAAACCUUUUCCCAAAAAGGACAAAAGAACUCAAAUCAGUUGUACAUAGUGCUCCUGGCUGGAAAUUAUUUGGUAAAGUCCCUCCCAGAGAGAAUCUUCAGAAAACUUCCAAAAUCAUUCAGCAGGAAUAUGAAGCAAGGACAGGGAGAGCCUAUAAACCACCACCUCAGUCUUCAAGGCGAAAGAAUUUUGAAUUUGAGCCACUUUCUACCACUGCCCUGAUUCUUGAGGAUCGACCAUCAAAUCUUCCUGCCAAAUCUGUGGAAGAGGCUUUACGUCACCGACAAGAAUAUGAUGAGAUGGUGGCUGAGGCUAAAAAACGAGAAAUUAAAGAAGCACAUAAAAGGAAAAAAAUAAUGAAAGAAAGGUUUAAACAGGAAGAAAGUAUUGCAAGUGCAAUGGUAAUUUGGAUCAAUGAAAUACUACCCAAUUGGGAAGUAAUGCGUAGUACGAGAAGAGUUCGAGAAUUGUGGUGGCAGGGAUUGCCCCCUAGUGUUCGUGGGAAAGUUUGGAGUCUAGCUGUAGGAAAUGAACUAAAUAUCACUCCUGAACUUUAUGAAAUCUUCCUCUCAAGAGCAAAGGAACGGUGGAAAAGUUUCAGUGAAACAAGUUCAGAGAAUGAUGUAGAAGGUGGGCUAUUUUUGUUGUUGUUACUAGAAAUUCCUCAAAAUCCAGGCGCUGAGAUAUGAGUGUGAAUUUUACCAUAUGUCAGGAACUGCAAUAAUUCUUUACAUAUAUUAUCUCCUUUAAUGUUAAUAACCCUUUAAAUAGAUGUUAUUAUACUGAAUGAUAUAAGAGGAAAUUGAGGCUCAGAAUAGUUAACUUGGGAACAGCGAAGCUGUGAUGUAAACCCAGGUUGUUGGACUCCAGAGUCCAGUUUUUAAUCACAACAGUAAAAGUAAUGGGGUGCAGUAUUUUUAGGCCACCUCUUACUUAAAAGAUAGAUGAUCUUCACAGCUCGCUUGUGACCUCCCCUGCAGAGGAAGCAUGCUCUUUUCUCUUAUGCUGUUGGAUUAUCACUUCAAUUCAGUCAGUACCUGAGCUAGGUUGGCCAGGAUUGCAGCUUUAGAUAGACUUAUUAGCUCAUCUUGGGUUUCAAAUUUGUUGAUGGAAAGAACCACAGGCUCCCUGCUUUAAUGAGACAUUCUUCCAUAGGGCAAUGCCUAUGGGUGAUUUCAUAUGUCUUUCCAGCCUGGCCUUCUGCACUACACUGGAACCCAGCAAAAGUCCCACAGAGGAAAACCAGAUAUACUUUCAGGCUCCUCCAAAUCAGUCUUAUUGGGCCAUGAAAAGCUCUUCUGCUUUCUCUUUCCUCAAGCAGAGUACCUUCGUCUCUGGCAAGCUCAGUCCUGGGCCCAUUCCCACACUUGGCAGGUGCCCCUAGGAAUAAAAAUGGCCACUGGUAUCCACUUACCUCGGAAAGGAAAGGAAAGGCUCUACUCUUUCUGAGAUUUAAACCCUUUAGAACAACUCUCUGUGCUCACAAUUCUCUUAUGCCUUUUUUCUUUCUUUCUUUUCUGGCCACACCACAUGGCUUGUGGGAUUUUAGUUCC